AGAAAGAAACUGUGCUUGUGGGAGAUGCGGGACUGCAGGCUCCUGUCUCACCUGCCCGGAUAAGUCAGCGGUCCCCGCGGAGCUGGUGGCAAGUGGGGACUCAGCGCACAAGGAGUGAUACAGACCUUGGGCCCUUCCUGUGGGACGGGGCUCCACUUAAAUCUCAUAAUCAUUGGGCUGGAGGAAAGCUUAAUUUGCCCUUCUGGAGAUCUCUCCUGAUGAGAAGAGAAAGGAAGAAUGGACUACAGUCACCAAACUUCUCUAGUCCCAUGUGGACAAGAUAAAUACAUUUCCAAGAAUGAACUUCUCCUGCAUCUGAAGACCUACAACUUGUAUUAUGAAGGCCAGAAUUUGCAGCUCCGACACCGUGAGGAAGAAGAUGAGUUCAUCGUGGAGGGGCUGCUGAACAUCUCCUGGGGGUUGCGCCGGCCCAUUCGUCUGCAGAUGCAGGAUGACAACGAACGCAUUCGCCCCCCUCCAUCCUCCUCCUCUUGGCACUCCGGCUGUAACUUGGGGGCUCAGGGCACUGUCCUGAAGCCCCUCACCAUGCCCAACAUUCAGAUCUCAGAGGUGGAUGCCCUGCCCGAGAACGAGCAGACCUCCAGCCCCACAGACUCCAGGGGCCUGAAGCCCCUGCAGGAGGACACCCCACAGUUGAUGCGCACACGCAGUGAUGUUGGGGUACGUCGUCGUGGCAAUGUGAGGACACCCAGCGACCAGCGGCGAAUCAGACGCCACCGCUUUUCCAUCAACGGCCAUUACUACAACCACAAGACGUCGGUGUUCACGCCAGCCUAUGGCUCCGUCACCAAUGUCCGCAUCAACAGCACCAUGACCACGCCUCAGGUCCUGAAGUUGCUGCUCAACAAAUUCAAGAUUGAGAACUCGGCGGAGGAGUUUGCUUUGUACGUGGUCCAUACCAGCGGUGAGAAACAGAAGCUGAAGAACACGGAUUACCCCUUGAUCGCCCGAAUCCUCCAGGGCCCAUGUGAGCAGGUCUCCAAAGUGUUCCUAAUGGAGAAGGACCAGGUGGAGGAGGUCACCUAUGACGUGGCUCAGUAUAUAAAGUUUGAGAUGCCUGUCCUUAAAAGCUUCAUCCAGAAGCUCCAAGAAGAAGAAGAUCGGGAAGUAAAGAAGCUGAUGCGCAAGUACACCGUGCUCCGGCUAAUGAUUCGGCAGAGGCUGGAGGAGAUAGCCGAGACCCCAGCCACAAUCUGAGCCACAGGAAGGAGGGGAGCCAGGCACUGUCGGGGCCGUUGACCUGAGAAGACCCACAGGAAGCUGCGUGCCUUCCAUGGAAACGUUUACAUGCAAAGCUUUCCGGCUCCCAACCCGCCAUCUGCUGCCUGGAGGAGGAAGGAGAAGCCGGCAAACAACUCCCCAUCCUGAUUCCUCACUCAAAAGGACUUCCGAUUUUUGUUACAAGGAGAACCCGAAAUGUGUGUGUGUGUGUGUGUGUGUGUGUGUGUACACGUGUGUGUACACGCACAUUCGCAUGCCUAUCUGAUAUAUUCACAUGCAAUUAAAUUCCAAGCAACCAGCACAAGUGCUGUGUGUGGGGCUGGCAGACGUGGCGCCCGUGGGCAGGAAAAUCAGAGGAGUCACCGAUCGGAGAGGUUUUAGGUUGAAGAAAAGAUUUCUCCCCUCAAGUACCAGGGAGCAGCCACACAAGUCUGCCUAUGUUAGAAGGGGCAGGGGGUUUAGCAAUCUCACCAUUUAGGGUAUUUAUACAUUCAUAGAUUCUCCCUGUAUGCCUUGAAGGAUCUGCAAAUUAACCAACUAACGCACCAGACCCUUGGGGCAGGUCUGGUAGAAAGAAGAAGAUAAACCAUCAGUGGGGUAGAUGCAAUAAGCCCGCAAGUUUUUACACUGGAAACUUUGAUUGUUUUAAAUAACAAAGACCUAUGUGAUGAUCUAUGUAGGUGCCAGGAAAGAAUGGAUUUUAUCUCCGUUCUUGCCUCCUGGGCCACCUCUAGGGACAGGAGGGCAGCCUGACAUUUCUCUCAGCAAGCUGCUGACCCCCACUCUUUGGCACCUCCUUGAGUUGAAAGAAGUGUCUUAUGAAACAGGCCUCACUGGUUUGAAGGUGGCGCUGACAGGCUAGCGAGGCCAGGGCCUGGCCGUGUGUGGCUGAGGGGUCUCCCUACGUAGUGAAAUGUGGAGGCUCCUUGCAGAAACAACAGGUGCCUGUAAGCCCAGCCCAUUUUCACAUCAUCAAGGGGUCUUCAUGCGCUUGGAGUUGAGGCCUUGUGUUUGAAGUCGAGGCUUUAUACUUUGCAACCACUGGAUUCUUGCAUGUCGCCCUCACGUGUGUAUGGAGAUGGACUCCAAGAGUGAAGGCUCAUCCUGCUGCUGGCCAAGUGUGGGGCUCAGGGGUGCCCUCUGGGCUGCCCUGUGAAAGCAUGUAGUGCGGAUGGAGCUUCUCUCUCAGCUCCUCUGAGCAGCCGCCUGGGUGAUCUUUAGAGCAGACCCCAGUGGAGGGGGAAGGGCAGGAAAAGGCACUCCCUGGUGGCCCCCACUGGAAGAUUGCCAGUGGCCCAGCUCCAGGGAAGCUGAUGCCAUUUGAAGAAGGAUGGACAGAUGCUUGAGCAGCGUGCCUGGCUGUGGAGGUCAACCCAGCAGGACCAGGAGCUCCUAACAGCAGGUGUCUGAGCCUUGCUGGGACAGGGGAGCUCCCCCUGUCUUCUCCACUUCCUCUCCAAAGAAGGUUUGGAAUGCUGGGUGGCUGAGGAAAGAAGAGUCACUGAUCUGGGCCUGCGGGGAAGGCGGGCCUCUGCAGCAGAGCUGGUGCCGCCCGAGGCACCCUUGCCCCCUACCUGCCCCUGUGGCUUCCAUGGCCUCUACAUGGCUCCCAGCUGUGCCUGGCAUUUUGCCAGGGGUCCCUUAGCAAGCUUACUUCCACUGUGGGGAGCUCUACCAACCUGUGGGCAUGGCCAGGAAUCUGCAGGGCCCUGGUCUCAAUCAUACACUUCAGUGGGCUUCUGCAAAAAGCACAGAAAAAAACCCCCCAAAAAACCGGGGGCCCGGGGAGAGGCUUUCUUUGUUAGAGAUAGGAAAGAGCAGUUUUGUGAAUGCAAACAUACUUCCUGAGUUUUGCAUUUGCGAAAUGGCUCGGAAAACGUUUCUUCUGGUUAUUUUAAUUUUGAAUGUUCAAAGCCCUUUUUUGGCCCCAAUAAUCCUCCUUGGGUGGCUAGGGAGAAAAGUUUCCACAAAGCAAGUUACUAAUGACUAACUUAUUGGACAGCUGUUUUGGGUUAUCAAAGUUCUCUUUAAUUUGCACUAGCACUGUGAGAGUGUUCAAUACGAAACGCUGCAGAACGUCGGGCCUGCCUGAUCGCUUCCUGAGAAAGUGAUAUUGAGGUAGACUUGGCUCUUUAAAGAUGGGGGACUGGGACUGAGGGGAAAUCAUAUCUUACACAAUACAUUCCACCUAAUGCAGGCCGCGCUUUUCCAUUUUGGCUCGCCCUGUCUAGAGAUCUUUUCUCACAUACAAAUAACCCAAUCAGGGAUUUUGGAAAGGUGCUUUGAAAGAGCAGCAGCUGAAAUAGAGACACUCCGCUGUGAUGUGGAGCCAGAUUUUCUCACUGGUAUCACAUGGCCUUGCAGCUUUGAACUCCUGGACUGAUUUUGUAUGGGUUUAUGUAAUUGCGUGCAAUGAACCUGAAAUCGUGCGAUGAACAAAAGGCCAGUUUGUAGGUUUCUUCCUCACUUGUGAAAAGCAGCAUGGCCACAUCUGGCUUUCUUUUUCCAGGGGCUUAUGUUACAAGCUGAUCAAAUGAAGGAAAAACCUAAGUUCAUCUGGUUGGGAAGGGUGUCUGGUCCCCCAGGUGAUGAAAUUAAGCACAAGGUCACAUUCUUGGUCAUUGCAUUAGUGGGAAGGUGAUGAGUUAAAUUGUUGAGGGGGGGAGUGGUUACCUUGGGGAGCAACUGAAAAGCACAAACAAUAGGCUUGCCUUUGCAAACUGGUGAGGAAUGUGCACACUGGUCUCCAGUCUUGUGGACUUUGAGUUGAGGUUGAAGCAAGAGGAUCUCAGAUUAGCCACCCAUCCCGGUGACAGUGGCUGAGCCCUGAGGUUGAGGUUUUGUUCUGAGACUUCAAGGAGAAAUGUUUUCAUGCUUGUCUCCUCUACCAGAACAAAAACAAUACUCUCUCCAGAGAUCUCCAGAUAAAGACGUUUAUAUUCUUUGCAGAUAAGACUUUGGGCAGUAAUGACAAAACAAAAACCCGUUCUCCCGCAGCACAAAAAUGUCUUGGCAAGAAUUCUUUUCUUCAGUGUUGGGCUGUUACUGUUUUGGUGUGAGGAGGAUGGAAGGAGAAAUGGACCACAGAAGGGCAGGAAGCUCCCGUAAGAAAAGAGAAGCUGUCUUUCAAACAAAUAAACAAAAAACCAAACUAUUUCAAAGCUCUGUAGCAUGGAGAACAUGGUACCACAGAUAAAUACCCAAGAGAGAAAUUUCUAUAUAACAAAGGAAUUCCAGUGUCUCAUAGUGACCACAUCCUGAUGUGAGGACUGAAGGAGGAGAGAGAGGAAAUCUUGAGCACCCUGAGGCAGUGCACACUGUCAAGUCUCUACUUAAAUUGUCUCACACGAAGUCUUCCUGUUGGAGGCAGAUGAGAUGAGAGAUGAUCUCCUAGAGAGAUAAAAAUAGAACCAAAUGUGGCACCCCUUCCUUCAGACACAAUUGACAAUAUUUACCCUGUCCCUGGAGGUUACAGCGCUUUCUGUGUUUUACCCAAGCACCAGACAUGGACAGACUGUGAAGGGAAAGCCUCAGUUUACCUGUGGAAUUUCCUGGCAGAUCGCACACCUGUUUCCCAGGCUGAUGGUUUCUGGUGGUUUACUGCUAGUGUUUCUUAAGCGUUUCCCGCCUUGUUUUAGCUCUGUGAAGUUUUUUUUCUCUUUUUUCUUACUCAUCACUUGCCUUUCAAGCAAUGGUACAUGACCUGGUUCCAUGUUUGGUUCUGAAUUUGUAAGCUGAUGUGUUUAGGUAUCUUAAUGUAACUUGACAAGUCCUCAAUAGGGAGCUGUGAAUUUCUGUAACAUUUUGAUAUGUUUUAAAGCACCUGACUUAGAUCUUGUUGAAUAAAGCACUUUUCAAAGAGAA